AUGCCUAGACAUCUACCAUUACGUAUAAGUAUAAGAGACUGUUUAGUUUUAGUUAUACUAGUCAUAUUUAAUACAAUUCAAAUAACGGAUAUGGCAAAUAAUAACAUGGACAUCCAAAGCAAGGAGAAUAAAAUAAAAGAUGACAUGACCGACAAGGGUGUAAAUUUCAGUGACAAUGAAGAGUAUUUGAAAAGUUGUUCAUCUAUGGAUAAGGAUGUAGUUGAGUGUAACACUUUGCAAUAUCCUUGCAUAGAUUGUGAGCGGAGCAUAGAUUGCCGUUAUGGAGCAUUCUACAACUACACCUGUACUGUGAAGCCAAAAAUUAAUUGCAAUGGUCCAAUCAAAUUUAACAGAACGGCAAUGUGCCGAUUCUGUUAUCAAACUGAGAGAUGGGAACAUCGCUGUGAGCAAAAAGCAAACUGUAAUUCUCUGUCAUCACCUUUGAAAUAUUAUUUGACAAACUGCACAGUCUCAGAUGAUAUAGUGUGCCUAGGAAAACGAAGAUUUCUAAAAAAAAUUCGAUGUUCUUGGACUUCCGGCACAAGAUGGGGUACUGCAUUAAUUUUAGCCUUGACACUUGGUGGAUUUGGUGCAGACCGCUUUUACUUAGGUCAUUGGCAAGAAGGCAUAGGGAAACUCUUCAGUUUUGGAGGACUAGGAGUAUGGACCUUAGUAGAUGCUUUGUUAAUUGGAAUCCAUCAUUUGGGCCCUGCUGAUGGCUCACUGUAUAUUUAA